GGCCAACUAGAGGCAACCACAUAUAUUGCUUUGAAGAGACCAAAGCCUAACUUUUCUGCCAUAAAAAUUAUAUAUAAUAUAAAAAGAAAAAACUCUCUGUUUUUCCUCUUCCUUCCCCAAUGGCUUUUGUUGGUACACACAGACUCAAUAUUCCCUUUCUCCUUCUUUGCCUCUCUUUCAUUCUCCUUUCACAUUCUUCUCAAGGGGCGAGAUCAUAUUCAGAAUUCCGAUACCCAUUUAUCAAACGGGCGAGUUCAUUCUCAUCUUUGUCAUCGUCGACGUACUCGUCGGGGCACGGGGAGAAUGUCUACGACUAUAUAAUUGUAGGGGGAGGAACAGCAGGGUGUCCAUUGGCAGCCACGUUGUCUAAGAAGUUCAAUGUGUUAUUACUAGAAAGAGGAGGAGUCCCUUUUGCUAAUUCAAAUGUGUCAUUCUUGAGUAACUUUCAUAUAGCUUUGGCAGAUCUUUCACCAACUUCAGCUUCCCAAGCCUUCAUUUCUACUGAUGGAGUUCUCAAUGCUAGGGCUAGGGUUUUGGGUGGUGGCACUUGUAUCAAUGCUGGUUUCUACACAAGAGCAAGCUCAAGGUUCAUAGAGAAAGUGGGUUGGGAUGCGAAACUUGUUAAUCAAUCAUACCCAUGGGUAGAGAAGCAGAUUGUUCAUCGGCCUAAGCUCUCCCCAUGGCAGACAGCUUUCAGAGACAGUCUUUUGGAUGUUGGCAUCUCCCCUUUCAAUGGCUUCACCUACGAUCAUCUUUACGGCACCAAAUUUGGCGGCACCAUCUUCGACCGCUUCGGCCGCCGUCACACUGCUGCUGAACUUUUGGCCACCGCCGACCCCCACAAGCUCACCGUCUUGGUUUAUGCCACUGUCCAGAACAUUGUAUUUGAUACUACAGGGAAGCAACCAAAGGCAGUGGGAGUAAUCUUUAAGGAUGAAAAUGGGAAUAGACAUCAAGCAGUUCUAAGAAAUAGGAGGCAGAGUGAGGUUAUCUUAUCUUCCGGAGCACUUGGGUCACCUCAAAUGUUGCUGCUGAGUGGCAUUGGGCCAAGAGCAGACCUUGAAAAGUUGAACAUAUCUGUAGUGCUUGAUAAUGAGUUUGUUGGGAAAGGAAUGGCUGAUAACCCUAUGAACACUGUCUUUGUUCCCACCAACAAGCCUAUCAAGAAAUCUCUUAUACAGACCGUUGGGAUUACAAAGUUUGGUGUUUACAUUGAAUCUAGCAGCGGUUUUGGGCAGUCUUCAGAUAGCAUUCGAUGCAAUCACGGGAUGAUGUCAGCUGAAAUCGGGCAACUAUCUACCAUUCCCCCAAAGCAAAGAACCUGGGAGGCCGUCCAAGCUUACAUCACAAGGAAGCGUGAUUUACCGCAGGAGGCAUUCCAGGGCGGUUUCAUUCUUGAAAAGAUUGCCAAUCCUCUAUCGACAGGGCAACUUACGUUGGCUAACACCAAUGUUGACGACAACCCAUCUGUGACCUUCAACUACUUCAAUCACCCAUACGACCUUCACCGGUGCAUUGAUGGCAUUCGCACGGCAGCAAAAGUUGUGCAGUCAAAACACUUCAGAGAGUACACAAAAAAUACUGGGGAAACUAUUGAGAAGUUACUUAAUGCAACUGUGAAGGCAAAUGUCAAUCUCAUUCCUAAGCAUACCAAUGACACCAAGUCUUUAGAGCAGUUCUGCAGAGACACAGUUAUCACAAUUUGGCAUUACCAUGGAGGGUGCCAUGUCGGCAAGGUAGUGAGCCCUGAUCUCAAGGUUCUCGGUGUUUCGCGUCUCCGUGUCGUUGAUGGAUCAACCUUUGAUGAAUCUCCUGGAACCAAUCCUCAAGCCACCGUCAUGAUGAUGGGAAGGUAUAUGGGGCUGAAGAUUUUGAAGGAUAGACUGGGAAAGACAGCUGGUAUAUAGGGUAUAUCCGAGCUCUGGCAUGGUAGCUAUCGCAAUGGGCAUGUUUCCAGGUUUGGUUGUGAAAAUGUAAUUAUGUCAUCUCUUCCUCCUAUCUAUCUAAGUAGUUAAACUGUAGGAUUUUGGCUUGCUUGGUCUGGGCAAUGCAUAUAAAGUUUUAUCCCAUAUGAACUUCUAAACAUUCCAGGCCUGCUUCUAGCUAUAUCAUCAUUUUUAUUUCUUCUUUCAAAUCCUUUAACUUCUAGGACCAUUGCAUGUUUGAACCAAUUUACCAUUCUUUGUACCCAUUUCCUUAAACGAAUUGUGGGGUAGAAAGAUUCAUCCCAUCUAGAUAAAUCUCAUCCACUAUCGUAUCACAAAGCAGACACACACAUAUAUUAUUUUAGAAGAUUUGGUGAAAGACCGUUGAGGUGUAUAAAAAGCGAGGCAAAUGGAAAGAGACAAAGAGGGGACUAUUUUGGAGGCUUAGUGGAACAAUGGGAAAAGGGUUUUGUUGAUAAGACUAAAAUAGGAAAGAUACUGUUUUGAUCUGAGGGGAAAUUGGGCAUGUAAUAUAAAAAGAGUAGUGAUUUUGGAACGAAAAGUGGUUCUAGAGAAGACAAUUAAAAGAGACAAAUGCCACACAGAAGAAAACAAAAGCUCGUUCAGUUUCUUACAACUUUCCCCAUGCCUAUUUUGCCUACAAAUGUAAAGCAUAUCUGGUCCAGGUUAGGUUGGGAUGCAAAAUCCUCCAUCUCUGUCUCAUUGGGUUGGAAUUCCAUUAUCUUUUACUUGUUUUAAUGUACUUUUUGUAAGCUAUGUCAAAAACAAUGUACUUGCACUAAUAUUCACAUCAAAAUAGGUCACUUUUUCUUGGAAA